AUGUUACUCCAUGUGCCUUUGAAUGCUCGAAAGGUUUGCAUCAAACUGAUACUGUGUGAGGAGAGCCCUCGUCCGGUGUUGGCUUCAGACAAUACAGUCUUCGCUUUGAGAGAGGUUCUCAUACUAGCUGUGGUAGAACGAAAAAUUGACAGCCUCUACUUUUUCGACUUGACUGAAGAUGCCGAGAUGCUAUACCAGGUAGCUCAAUUAUUCCGAGUCAGCCUUGAAAUAUGCCCACGCUAUCAUGAUCGAUCGCUGUCCUCAAUUAGCAUAGCCGGGGUUCUUCGUUUCUCGCCGCAUUGUGGUCCUGGUGGUAUAGUUCCCGCCCGAAAUAUAGAAACAUCAUACUUCCUGAAGCAACUCGUCAUAACCAGCAGCAAUUUUACUUCUGACUGUUCAGUCGAGCCUAUGCUGAUGGCGGUCCUCACUCCCUGGGACAAAGUAGGCUGCCAGAUGAAAUUGUUAUCGGGUGAAGCCUGUGGAAUGCACACCUUCGGGCUGCAGGGCGAUGAGAGAUGCAGACUCAAUUGCCAAUCCAUUGAGCACUUGCCGCUUUCUGAACGCACUCUUGAGCAUAAAACGGCUCUCCUCCCUCGAGGACUCACUUUCUUUUCACUCUUCUUGUCACGGCCGGCACGAAACUCUGCUCUUGCCGUCAGAUUUUCUCAACAGGCUCAACACUCCUUCAACUCAGAACAUCAUAAUCAUCGCUUUGAGACCGUAGAUCCGUCGUGGGUAAAGACCGGAAGUGGCGGGCCGCUAGGUGACUAUGACUGGGGUAUAUCGUCAAGUUUACCUCAGCCUGUUGAGCAGGAUGGGGAGCAGAGUAACAAUGAGCCAAGUUCAUCUCCGGAAUAUGGGGCACCUGCCCCAAGCCCGUCUCUACUGGAACAAUACCAAGAAGAUCACGAGCAUGGCAGCCAGUCAGGCGUGGAACACAUCGCCCCCAGCACUGUUCAGAGCACCGAAGACACAGAGCCAACUGAACUACGAUGCGACGAGUGUGGGAAUGUUUACGCAAGGCUUUGGGAGGUGAAUCGCUGUAAGAUCAAGCAUGAGAAGCCGUUCAAGUGUAGAACGGGAGACUGUUCUUGGGCUUUCCGAUACAGAAAAGACCUCAAGCGACACUGCGAAGAGCGGCAUUUGGACAGGGAGGGCUAUUUCUGCCCGUUCGCCGGAUGCAAGUACUCGCAAGAGAAGGGUUAUGAAGAUUGGCAGCUUCAUGGAUCGACAGAGAUCAUCCCUCAAUACAAUGGAAAUGUCAUGCCGGGCAAACCGAGCUCUAGCCGUAGGCAACAACAAACUUCCCCCGGCCCCCAACGUCUAGCUCCCACAGCUCCCUGCCCAACCCCCGUUAGCGGAGAUUUCGCAAGCGAGAUGGCGCUGUCAGCCCUGGCGCUCAGCUGCGUCGAACCGGCCCAUUUUCAGAGCCCAUUCCCAGACGCCCACGAUAAAGACAGAGUGCGGCUGUUAGACGGAGAUUGUGGCCGCCGGGAUGGGCAGCAACUUGAAUAUCCUGAUCAUGCCAGCCUUAAGAAUGUCUCUGUGCCCCGCGCCAUGGAUGGCUGCUUGCGUGAGAGCCGCCGCCUCCACUCGACAAUGAACUCCUACGAUCCCGAAACCAUGGACCUUUGGGUUCCGGGUACGGAGGUCAAAGGCUCUGGGAAUCUGACCUGGGAGCAACUGGACUUCAACCGCAACUGCACGAACUGGGGUCAAUGGCUGGCUGCCAUGCUUCAACCUGAUCCAUGGGAUCCAAAGUCGACUCGAGGAAUGAGUGUUCAGCUGUCAAUGGCACUGUACUCGACGGCUAUGCCGAAGGGAUACGAGACGACCUACUCCGACGUAUCAUAUUGGUUCGCCUACAAUAUGUAUCAUACACCAUACCCGGAAAACUCGAGCGAUCCCACAUACUAUCUUUUCAGCACACGAUUCAAUGAAACCGUUCUAUGGGGCCCAAAAGAGCAUUGUGAGGCCGAAUUCUGCAAGGCCGUCGGAUAUACAGGAAGCCAAGAUCUCUGCGGUAUUGGAGUGGUGGUAUCCUACUACCUCGAAGCCAUCUUAGCAACGAUGUACCUUGUCGCAUUCACGAUUCAUCAAGUACGACACCACUUCAACAAGAACCUCUGGGAGAAGACGCGACCGAAGCAAAAACAAAGACUGAGCGGUCGCAUUCUCGACUCGUUCCGCGGAUCGCUCGACAUGUUCCUCAGCGGCUCAAUGCUGAUCGCAGUGGCCAUGUUGGGAGCUUCCGUCUACUCGGCCGCUACAAACUUCAAGGAGAGAUCGGAGAUCAACCCCGACCUCCCAUCAGCGGAUGCGAUUUACGAGCAAGCCUUGGCACUGAUCGCGUCCAACUACUCUGUGUUUCCGGUCAUGUUGCUCUACGCGCUAGCCAAGCACGAUGGCCAUCGCAAGUGGCUUCAUCGAUCUGUCCUUGGCCUCCUUUGGGGUUUGAGCGUGACGGUGGUGUAUCUGGCGCCAAGGGCGGAGAUAGAUUACAAGGAACGAAAGAGUGGGCACAGAAACUUUGACUGCGAUCAACGUGGCUCGCAGUACUGGCCCGUCGUCAAAGCCACUCAGUUCUUGGUCAUUGCGCUGCCGAUGAUAUGGCUCCUCCUAACACUGUUCGUUACCACUGGAUUUAAGAUUCCCGGCAUGAUCGAUAAGCCUUGGGUCAAGAGAUGGAGGUCUUGCUGGCGAAUGUUGGUCGCCUGGAUCAACCUGCUGGUCAUGUGGGGCAUACUAGGCUACUUUACUCACUUCCGCCAGAAGAUCAUCAACGCGGCUGAUGGCAUUGACAAGAACGAUAAGUGGACGUUUGGACAAGUUCUUGCUCUGGCAGCUUGGGUACCAGUCAUGGCUGAGCUGCUGUACAUACUAAUCUUCGGACUUGAGGAGGGUCUGUCAGGCCAUAUGCCUGCCGACUACCACGCGACCCAUGUCACGCAACCUGACCAGAACAUGGGAGUUCCUCUCCUCGACAGAGGUUCGAUGUACGACAUGAAGCACGCCUCUACCAUGUCAGCAAUGUCUGUAUCCACAACGUUAUCUUCGCCAGCGACUCCUGGGCAGGUACAAACGCCUAUGUGGCAGCAGAACUCUGGAUACCAACACAGCCCUGUGUAUCAGCCAGUUAACAUGCAACAGCCCCACGUUCAGCAUCAUCAAAGUUGGGACGGAUACUACCACACGGUCAAUAAUGUGUUAUACAAUGAGACUGUGGAAGUAGUUCAACAGAGUCUGAUCCGUUGUGAUGUCCACCAGCAAACAUAG